AUGGAGCAUGCUGUCCGUCUCGAUGGAGAAAGAUUACUAGGUGUACUCGAAUCGGCAGUUCGGAACCUGGAGCUGCUCGCGACACUGCCGGAUAGAGUUCCUGCAAGCGACGACUUCCAGCCCCCGCAAAGCACCCAACAGGACGAGAGACCGGAAACCGAGGAAGAUAGCGACUCUGAUGCUGAUGAGGAGGAAUUGCAGCACCACAGUGACGAGACUUUGCUGCUUUCCGGGCCUGUGGCGGUUCGUCUCUUCCCGAAGUCUUUGCACCAGUUACUGCGCGGACUGAAGGAGGAUCAUUCCGCACGGGAUACACUGCGUAAACUUAGCGCAACUAGCGUGUCACCAGCGAUAUCGCGUCUUACAGAGGCCUGGAUGCAGCUGAUUAUCAGCACGGAUGCGGCGCUGUCCACAAGUUUCGAGCAGGACGAGCGCUUUGUCCUGAAUCUUCGCGACAGUAUGCUGAGGUUACGCGAGGUUGAAGAUGAUCGGGACCAAGUGGCUUUUGAGCUCGCGCAAGCUCGUGAAGCUCGUCUGGCCAUGUCGGACAAGCUCGCAGCUCAGCGUGCUAGACUGGAAGCUCAGCUUCGCGAAACAAAGCGCGCAGCUGAUGACAUUCUGGGACCAACAGCUCGCGAUCGAGAAGAGCAUCUGCAAGCCGCUCUGUCCAGCUUCGAGACGCAGACUUCUGGUGCUCAGAAGCAAGUCGAAACCAUUCAACGCACUGUAGCUCGAGUGACGCAGGCCAGCCAACAAGUGGAGACGGACGAACGCAAACAUACUCAACAUGCUGCGAUCGAGCUGCGUGAGCUCAUAAGACGCUACGAUGACGACAUGGAUAAGCUGGACGCUGAGAUUGAAGGGGAACGUGCUGAGGUGGCUCGCCUUGACGCUGCGAAUGACAAGUUCGCCGUGCAUUUUACUCGCAUCGACAAGGAUCGCCGCAACAUGAUUGAAGAGCAGCGCGUGAUCGAUCUAGCGGAGCGAACGCGUCGGAAUCGUGAAGCCAAUCUCUUCGGCUUCGUUCUCAAAAUGCAGGCGGUGGUGCGAGGGUUUCUUGCACGGAAACGCAUGGGACUGGAAGCUCAACGCAAAAAGAACAGAUCGAGAAAAGGGAAGAAGGGGGUCAAGGGGAAGAAGCGAGUGAACAAGAGCCCAAGAAGGAAAACCGCCAAGAAGCCGAGCGCCAAGGCUCGCGCCAAGAAAUCCUGA